CUCCCUCCUUUGACUGCUGAGACUUUCUGCUCUGGAACUCCUGGGAGGCGGGAAGACCCCAGUUCACCGGUUCCGGGUCUCUGAACUUGUGCCUGUGGGACAAGAGAGGCGGGGCCGGAGCCCGGGGCAGCCCCUGCACACACACAGGAAGUCUGCCACCCCCUGAAGGACCCCAGGGUGGCCCCGCAGAGAACCUGCAGCCAGAGGAAUGGCCCCCGGGACCCCGAGGCCCCCCUCCCAGGGGUCAAUAACAUUCAAGGAUGUGGCUGUGGAUUUCACCCAGGAAGAGUGGUGUCUACUGGACCAUUCUCAGAAAGAGCUGUACCUGGAGGUCAUGCUGGAGAAUGUGCAGAAUCUACUUUCUGUGGGACUUCCAGUUCCAAGAGAAAAUUUUAUCUCUUGUUUUCAGCAAGGGGAAUCAUCAUGGCUUCUAGAGCAAAAGGGUCUAAGGCAUUCCUGCCCAGAGGCAGAGACUAAUUUUGAAGUGAAGGAGAUGACUACAAAGCUGAGCCUUAUUGUGGAAGGAUCUGGCCCACAAAAAUGCAUGAGUGAGGGUCUCUAUGACUUCAUUGUGAGAGAAAUCAGUGACUCUACUAUCAAGGCAAAUAAAAAUCUAAAGAUUGACUGUAAAUUUGAUGAAACUACUGAGAAAUUCAACCAAUAUUCAGUCCUGAAACAGUAUAUGAAAUUGACCUCAGAAAAUGACUGUUGUCAGGAUAGCGAAUAUAGGAAAUGCUUUCCUGAAGAAUUAGGACUUGUUCAGUUGAAUGAGAAACCUCCUGAAAAGCCCAUAUGUAAAGGUAACCUAGGGAGAAUGGCCUUUGGCUGGAGUUUAGACCACAUUAGACAUCCAAAAAGUAAACAUGUCACAAUGGUUUCUGUUAGUGAUAAAGGAGGGAGACCUUUCAGUCAGAACUCUGAGUUUGCUGCACAUCAGAGAAACCACACUAGAGAGAAACCUUAUGAAUGUAAACACUGUGGAAAGGCUUUUAAACGGAGGGGCCAUCUUGUUGCACAUCAGACUAUCCACACUGGAGAGAAACCUUAUGAAUGCAAACACUGUGGAAAGGCUUUUACAGAGAGGGGCAAUCUUGCUGCACAUCAGAGAAUCCACUCUGGAGAGAAACCUUAUGAAUGUAAACACUGUGGAAAGGUUUUCACACAAAGGGGCCAUCUUGCUGCACAUCAGACAGUCCACACUGGAGAGAAACCUUAUGAAUGUAAGCAAUGUGGAAAGGCCUUCACAUGGAGGGGCUCUCUUACCAGACAUCAGACAAUCCACUCCGGAGAGAAACCUUAUGAAUGUAAACACUGUGGAAAGGCUUUCACACAGAGGGACCAUCUUACUACACAUCAGAGAAUCCACACAGGAGAGAAACCUUAUGAAUGUAAACACUGUGGAAAGGCUUUCACACAGAAGGGCUAUCUUGCUUCACAUCAGAGAAUACACUCUGGAGAGAAACCUUAUGAAUGUAAACACUGUGGAAAGGCUUUCACACAGAAGGGCUAUCUUGCUGCACAUCAGAGAAUUCAUUCUGGAGAGAAACCUUAUAAAUGUAAACACUGUGGAAAGGUUUUUACAUGGAGGGACUCUCUUGUUGCACAUCAGACAGUCCACUCUGGAGAGAAACCUUAUAAAUGUAAACAUUGUGGAAAGGCUUUUACACAGAGAGGCUAUCUUGCUGCACAUCAGAGAAUCCAUUCUGGAGAGAAACCUUAUAAAUGUAAACACUGUGGAAAGGCUUUUACAUGGAGGGACUCCCUUGUGUCACAUCAGAGAAUCCACUCUGGAGAUAAACCUUAUGAAUGCAAACACUGUGGAAAGACUUUCACACAGAGGGGCUAUCUUGCUUCACAUCAGAGAAUCCACACUGGUGAGAAACCAUAUGAAUGUAAACAGUGUGGAAAGGCUUUUACAGGGAGGGGAAAUCUUGCUGCACAUCAGACAGUCCACUCCGGAGAGAAACCUUAUGAAUGUAAACACUGUGGAAAGGCUUUCACACAGAGGGGAAAUCUUGCUGCACAUCAGAGAAUCCACUCUGGAGAGAAACCUUAUGAAUGUAAACACUGUGGAAAGACUUUUACUUGGAGGGACUCUUUUGUUGCACAUCAGAGAAUCCACUCUGGAGAGACACCUUAUGAAUGUAAACAUUGUGGAAAGGCUUUUAUAUGGAAGAUCUCUCUUGCUAAACAUGAGAGAAUCCACUCUGGAGAGAAACCUUAUGAAUGUAAACAGUGUGGAAAGGCUUUCACACAGAGGGAUGAUUUUGCUGCACAUGAGAGAAUCCACACUGGAGAGAAAGCUGAUGAAUGUAAACAAUGUGGGAAGACUUUUCCAUGGAGGGGCUCUCUUGCCAGACAUCAGGUAGUCGACACAAGAGAGAAACUUUAUGAAUGUAAACAAUGUGGAGAGACUUUCAGAGGGAGGACCCAUCUUACUACACAUCAGAGAAUCCACUCUGGAGAGAAACUUUAUGAAUGUAAACACUGGAAAGAUUUUCACACAAAUGGGCAAUCUUGCUGCACAUCAGACAGUCCACGCAGGAGAGAGACCUUAUGAAUGUUAACACUAUGGAAAGACUUUUACAUGGAAGGUCUCUCUUGCUAAACAUGAGAGAAAUCAUACUGGAGAGAAACUUUAUUGUAUGGGUUAAAAUCUUGCAUUAUUCUUCAGCAUACAUUAUUUAAUAUUAGUAAUUUUUUAUUGUCAACUUCCUAUAGAAAGUUAGUGAAUGUUCAGUGCCCUUCAGAAGGGAGAUACUAAUCUCUUCUUAUGAAGAGUGGAGAAAUCCCCAUCCCAAAGCAGCAGUUUACAUAUACAUAAAUAUAUACCUUCAAUUCACUCUCUCCCCCCCCCCCCGCUUUUUAAAUUAUUAUAGAUUAAUAAAAUCAAUAGAUUAAUGAAAGCUUAGCAAAUUUGGAUUCCACUAGUCAGAUUUAUGGGACACAAGGCCUGGGGUUCAAGGCCAGAUAGCCCCAUUCCCUGGAUUGAAGGGCAGUGAAUUUGUGGCCUGAUUGGCAGGGUCUAUAAAUUCAUAGGCACAUUGUUUGGGGUGUAAGGAUACUGGGUGACACUGUGGCUUUCAUCUUUCUACCCUGCACACCAUUUAGGGGAGCAUCAGUCUUGAGUUCUAGGCCACAAGCACAACUGCAUCUGUGGUGUGGUCUCAUAUUCAUGAUCAAAGAUCAAGUAUGGUGAGUCACCCAGCUUUGUCCACAGGGUCCAGAUCAUUAUUGGAAGAUGAAGAAAUCUUGGCUCCUUCCCAGCAAGUCUUCCAGAAUUGAGUAUUUGUGGCCCUGUCACAGGGCUGGGUGUCUGACAAAGUGCAAUCUAAUGACAGUAGGAUGAUGGUGACCCCAGCUCAUUAAUCAGAGCACAGUUGACCAGGGCACAUCCUUGGUAUUGUGAGGGCAAUGGGUCACCUCAAUCUGAUGAUCAGGCCAUAGUGAUCCCACUGGAGAAAUUCUUGGGGCAUAUCAGGCAAGCCAGCCAGAGGCUGAAGGAACCCAUGUUGGGGGGGCCUAAGACCAACUUGGUCUGCUUGCUACUAUCUUGGGCUGGGCUGAGCCCUAGGACUAAUUGACUCGUAACCUGAGCCCAAUUCCCUUACAUUGGGGUGGCUAUGGUGUGAGGGCUCAUGGUAGGAGUUACAGGAUCUUAGGAGUCUCUGAAUGCCAUCCUGCUUAUUGAGCUUGUGGUGCCCAGGGUAAGGUGACCCCAGACUUUUUCCUCUAUUUUGGCCUGGUUCGCAUAAACAGGUGUAGCUUUUCCACUUUUAGAAUGUACCCCAUGGGCAUUCCAUGCCAGUGACUAAAACCACUUUGCUCCACAGAAGUUAAGUUUUUGGGAUUGUUAGCCUUGUACAUGUAAGAAGGCUUUGUUCAUAAUGGGGGUUGGAGGGCAGAUCAACCAUGGUCUUGAGGUGGGAAACUGAGAACACUUUAAGUGGCCAAAGGGGCUCCUACAGUUGGUAGCAUUCUCUCCUGGCAUCCCAGCUGGGACUCUUAACAAGGAGACAAAGCAUGGAGGGGUGUAGCUUAGUCCUUCAUGCCUAACUUGGGCUCUAUCUCCUAAGACUUCAUGGAACUUGCACCUUGCUGAGGCCUCAGGGCCAGAGCCUGUUGACAGUAGGUUGAUGGCAUUCUGGAUGGGGUCUUUCCCAUUAACCAGACCCUGCAGCAUCCCUAGCACCGGCUCAGUUCUGGGGGCAGGGGCCCAAUGGCACCUCAACUGUGAUGAUUAGAGCAUGGCAAAUGUGGGCUGGUGGUCCUCAGAGGAGGAGUUGGGGGUCUCUCUUCUCCUCUUCCAGCUGGGGGAAACAGAGCCACUAGGCAGUGAACUGCUUCUCUCCAGUCUGAAUCUCUUAGGCCCACCCCAGUGCAGGAAUGCAGGCUAUUUGGGGUGGAACUGGAAGGCCCAGAGCAGGCUCUAGAGGGCACAGCGGGCAUUGGAUCCUCUGCCUGCUUGCACAGUAGAGUUCUUAGGCCCUCUAUGGAGUAGCUCAGGCCUUAUCCAAGGAGACAAAGCUUGGUGCCCAGGCAUCGGUACAUGGUUUAGGGUGGCACAGGUCUGUCUGCCAACUAGUGAGUGAAGUGCCUGAAUUGGGGGUUUGGGGUCCCACCUUUGGGCUCAGGACCUUCUGGAGCCAUUGUCUGGUAGCCCAAAUCGAUGGAGACACAGAUGUGGCCAGUCAACGGCCCCUAGCAUCUGGGUCUGGCCAUGGGCCAAGGAAGUGGGGGAGGAACCUUCUUCUGAGGACUAGACCAGAAUAAUGCCAGUGAAUCUGGGGGUCGAUGGAGGAGGCCAUUCUCUAGACUUGCUGAGCCUCAGUCUUGGGGGAGGUUUCCUUGCAGAAGCUGGUAUCUCAGGAUUUAGUUUGUGACGCUAUUCUGGGGCAGGUAUACACAUGGUCUGCUUGUAGCAGGGGCUGGUGCAACAGAUACGGCCUUGAUCUGUUCAUCAGAGAAGGGAGGCUUCCAGCUGGGCCACUGGGAGGCCAAUUGAGCCAUCCUUGGCCCUCUGCCCAAGAGCUAAAUGUUUGGGGAAUUUGGGGAAGGAGGCCUCAGAUAGCCCCAGGGCAGGGUCUAGUGAGGGUAGAGUAGGAUUAAGCCAGGAUAGACUGUUUACCUGGAAUCAGGGUCUGGCAGUGACUGAACAUGCCUCUUGUGCCUCCAUUUAAGCCCUGGAUGUGGUGUGGCCCAAUUCUUAGAGUCUCCUUAUCAGGGCAACCCUGUGUCCUGGUUGUUCUCAGAGCCCAGACUUGGCUAGAUGGGCCAGUGGUUCAGGUCAGGCUCGUGUGACCCUCUUACCAGGCAACAUCCAGGUGCUGGGUGCCUUGGUGCCCUCCUUAGGAGCCUGUGGAUCCUUCGUGCCCCCGAGGGCUUCUCUCUUUUGGGUCCAGGCCCUCCAGGGGCCGUGUGUCCAUGUCAUGCCAGUUUCAUUAUCCCAGGCCCCUCUAGACAGUCCACAGUGUUGGGACCAGCCAGGAUUAGGCCACUGACUCAUCCCAAUUCCUGAUUUUGAAGUGGGUUUGACAGUCUUCUAGUCCAGUUUCUGCCCGGCAAUGACCUUUGGCUUUUGGCUGUGGGGUUGCCUGGGCUGCCAGGGUCCAGGGAGUCAGGUUCUUUGUGAGCUUUGCUGCCAAAUGGGCUGCUAUAAGGUGAGGGUGUCCUGGGCUCUGCCUGAAGCUCUAUGGUGACUUGGGGAGGCUUGCUCAGGGCAGACACAGUCUUGUCAGGAUCCAAGGAGAGUGAAGUUGUGGCCGAAUGGCUGAGGUCUGCCAGAGCCUUGGGCUCAUCGCUUUGGGUGAAAUACCUCUUUGGCCCUGCGAUUUGGGACCAAAACGGUUUCUCCUUUUUGGUCGUUGUCUUGGUCCUGAGGUCAGGGACUGAGUGAAGCUGCAGUUUGUAGCUGUGGGAGGGCUGGAGCCCAGCUUUGGCCUGACCUCCCCAAUGGGGUGGGGACAGCCAGGGCCUGCCAGGGGGAUAGCACCCCCAUGAAGUCUCACCCUCAGGGCCUUCCUCAACACCAAGUCGUCGUCUGGUGGCAGUAUGAUGAUGGUGACACAGUGUGGGGGGCUGGGGGAAUGAGGGUCAGGGGGGCCACACACCCUGCUCUCGGGCUCGGCGGCCCAGGGCCCCCACCUUCUCAUGGUCAGGUCCCAGGGACCUUGGGGGUGGAUGAUGGGGCCUCAGGUCAGGGCUGAGCCAUCAGAGAGUUCGGGGAAGGCCCAGCCCCAGGCAGGGCAUCAUCCUUCAUCCUUACCCAGCUGUCAGGCCAAGGAGGCCACAGAUAUAGGAAUCUGAGAGUCAGGGUGGGAGAUCCUGACUCCAACAUGACCUCCCGGCUGCUCCAGAGGUGCCACGUGGGCCCAGUUACUUAUGUGUUGUCUCCUCCUCUAGAAUGUGAGUUCCCUGAGGGCUGCACGUGUCCCCAGUGCCUAGCACAGUGCCUGGCACACAGGGAGCGCUUAAUAAAUGUUUGUUGACUGAGUGCUCUUCCAGACCUGUGGUGGGAUAGACACAGCCUGGCUGAAUCCAGGCCCUUUGUUGGGCUACCUGUGCUUCUAAUGUUUUUGGACAGUGGACGUGCCUCCAGCAGGUCUAGAGGGAUUGAGGGACGACAAGGCUUGGAGGUUCCUGAGUGUUCUUGGGCUCAUGUCCCAGACCCAGUGAGGCCCAGCCCAGCAUGGAAGCAGGGUGGAAUGGCACUGCAGGCAUGGGAGCUAAGCACAAGCUCCCCGAGCUUUCUGGCCCCCAGGGUCAGUGCCGGAUUGGUCGUGGACAGGGUGAGGUGCUGGUGAUGCCCUGGUUCCAUUUUCCUCCCUUGAACCCCCUUUGGAGGAGAUCAAGUCACUCAUCAAGCCCUCAGCCUGAGAAAGCCUUGUCCUUCCUCUGGCUCCCCAAGAAGACUCGGGGUUGGCCAGCUUGAACCCCCACCCCUACCCCGGAUGGAGCCGGAGCAGGAAGGGCAGGUUCCAUGCAGCCUUCCAUCACCCAGUGGUGGCAGAAGUGGAAGGUCUGCCAGAGCCAAGAGGCACCAGCUCAGGAUGGAGAUGGGGUGCAUGGUUUGGGCUCAUUGGCAGGGCUCUGGAAGGACACCAUCCCCUGGGCCAAAGCCCGCUGCUUGGCUACAACUCUCAGCAGAAUCUUGCUCUCAGCCAAGCAUUAAAGAGCCUCCAUGGUCUUGAUGCCCAUCUUCUUGUCCAUGUUACUCCCUUCAUGCACCCUCCUUCCAGGCCUUUCCCUGAGUUUGAUGUGUCAUCUCCCCUUAUCGUGCCUUUGCUCAGGGGGAGGGGGGGCUCCUCAUGUCUUACCCUCACCAUCAACCUCAAUAGAUCCGUAGUUUUCUUCUCAGUUCAGAGGCUGCCUCUAUUCUGGCAUUUUGGGAGUCCUGCAGUGUCUAGCAGGCUCUCUCCUUCAGAUCUCUGCCCCCAGAAUACUGCCCAACAGGAACAAAGCUUGCCUUUCCUUUAGCUUCAUGGCCCCCUCGCUUAGCCCAGGGGGUUCAACACAGCAGAGGCUUGUGUUCAAAGAGCCCAUGUGUGGAGGGCUUUGAGGCUUCCCAAGCAUUUUAUAGAUGCCCUGUGAGCCAUCAGCCCUCCUCCAUCCCAUUUUAAGGCUCCAAGAGCUUCCCUCCCUAGGGUCACACACCUGGUAAGUGUUUGAGGCAGGAUUUGAACCCAGGCCAUCCUAUCUUUGAAGUCCAAGGCUUCCUUCCACUGUACUGUGCUGACUCUGGAAUGGAAUGGAAUUUGUCCUUCACUUCUGCAUAGGAGCCUCAAUGGGAAAACCACCAGCUCAUGACAUGGGAGCCAUCCAGUGUCUCAUAGGAUAGGACAGGCCUUCAGCUCUGAUAUGGCAGGGUCAGCCCUCUCCAGAAGUCUAGGCUAGCUGUGUGGUAUGAUAGUCGAUCAAUGUUCAUUCUUGAAGAACUCCUGAAGUCUCUGCCUGUGAUGGCUUCUUAGAGGAUGGAGGAUUUGGGAGGUGACCUUUCAGGGUUGCCAGCCCUAAGCUGAGGAGCCAGGGCUGCUCUCCAGAGCUUGUAAACUAGCCAGGAAGGUGGAGGUCUUCCUUCCUUGAAGAUUUACAUGACAAACUCAGGAAUUUCUUUGGAGAGCCAUCACUGCCCAGGACCAUUUAGUUUAGAUCCAGAGGGGAAGAGAGAAGAGAGGAAGGAGCGCCAGGAAUUGGGACAAAGUACACCGCCUGCAGUUCCUGCUCUGAUGGGAGGUUUUGCUUGUCUAAAUCUUAGAAACUUAACAUUUCUCCAACACAGCUGAACCCCACCUAAUCAACCCACUCUGAGCCCACAUUUUUUAAGCACCUGCUAUGUGUAAAGCACCGACUGUACUAGAAACGGAAACCCCCCAAAUUAAAAAAAACAAGAAACAUUCCUUCUCUGGAGGAGCUGAGAUUUGGCAAAAAUGAUACAGCCAACAAAGCAAGCUUUGAGACAAUUUGGGGAGAGGGGGGAUGCCUCAAGGAACCAGGAGCUUUGCCUCUUGCUUAUGAAGUGAGUUGUGUCCUGUUUCUCUUUACCAUGACAGUUCAGCCUUAGGAGAUCUCCUGAGUCCCCAUUAGCUGAUAUUUUGGGAGAUAAGAUGGACUUGGAGACCUCAAAUUCUCCCUAUUAUUUCCUCAGAGGGGUUGGACUUCUCAGAACACAUCAAUCAAUCACCUGUGUCACAAGCCUGAGUCCUUGGACAGAAGGGUAGUGAUUAGGUCCCCUAUUCCUUCCACAUCUUCCUCAUACACACUUAUUUUGUUUGUUUAGUGUCAGAUUUAAAUCAAUCAAUUACUCCAGGUUCUUGUUUUCCAUAGAGUUUAUUAAUCAUCACUUGAAAUAGAAAAAGCAGAUCUAUAGAUUUAAUCCUAAUCUAACCUAACUCUGACCACGUGUUUCUUCACAAGGCUGCCUCUCUCAACCAUGGUCCUUCCCCACCACCUCCAAGGGAAUAGAGAGAACUCCAUGUGUCUUGCCCAACACCUUUAUCCUUGUUCUUGGGUCUGGUUUCUGGACCUGAAACCUUUAGUUCUGAGCCAUGUAGGGCUCUUCACCUGUGACCUAUGUUUGGAUCAUUCACGUGACAUCUAGCCAUGCAGCUACGUCGGGAAGAGUUGGAAGGGAGCAGAUUCUGUCUACACAUUGGUAAGAUCUAUAUGUUCCAGCAAGACAAACUAGGGAAAGGCUAAAAAAACUGUAAUAGAUGAAUGCCAACAAAUGCUGAGGAAGACUGAGAAGCAUUAGAAUUUUACAGGAAAAAGGCCUUUUCCUGGUAGCAUUUUUUGCAAUAAUAUGAAAUUUGGGGUGUUUAAUGAGGGCUCCUCUGGGGGACAGUCUAUGAAGUCUGUGCACAGCAAAAUGCCUUUCCUAGUGAAUUGGAGACAUCGCCAGCAUAAUUUGCCCAGUAGAUACUCAAGUAUGAGUUCAAGGUGUAGGGGUUAAAAUUAAGGUUGUACUAAUUAUAAGAGAAUGUGGUUGCUGAUAUAAUAAAAAUGAAUAUAGCUCAAGUCAAAAA